CCAGCGAGCUGAAGCAGGAAGGAAGGAAGGCAGAAGAGAGGCAGGCAGGCAAGGCUGUGAAUGCUAACAAGUCGUCGUAGUCCUAGCAGCUCCGUAGGCAGGCGUUUAAUAAAACAUCCAGCCAUGGUGACGGACGGCAACGGCCACUGUUCAUAAAAACCUACUAUGCGCCAGCGCGGGCUUUGCAUUGGAAAGGCCGAAGACAGUCGACACGUUUUUUAAUCAAAUCCUCUUUUUUUUCUCCCCCCUCCGCUCGGUGAAAUGUAUCGCCACCAUACGGGAUUCACAUUCUGACAAUGGAGAUUGAAAAUAUCGUGGCCAACACGGUUCUCCUCAAGGCAAGGGAAGGUGGAGGAGGGAAACGGAACGGUCGCAGUAAGAAAUGGAAGGAGAUGUUAAAACUUCCCCACAUCAGCCUUUGUGAGGACCUGCGUCGCAGUAUUGAGAGGGACUACACCAGUCUAUGUGAGAGGCAGCCCAUCGGUCGGCUGUUGUUCCGUCAGUACUGUGACACCCGGCCAGAGCUGAAGCGCUGCAUUGAGUUCAUGGAUGCUGUGGCCGUGUACCAGCUAGCACCGGAUGAGAAGAGGAGGGACUACGGACUAAACGUUUUAGACACAUAUUUCAAUAACGGGUCGGCAGCCCAUCUGCCAGACAUACCUCAGGAUGUGGUGGCCGGGUGCAGGGAGAGGCUGGAGCAGAGUCCCUGCAAGGAGCUCUUCAAUGACUGCACCAAGAUAGUUCGAGAGUAUCUGAGCGGAGCACCCUUCUCCUCCUAUCAGGAGACCAUGUACUUCUCCCGCUUCCUUCAGUGGAAGUGGUUGGAGAGGCAACCAGUAACCAAAAAUACCUUCAGACAUUAUAGAGUACUAGGAAAAGGUGGAUUUGGUGAGGUUUGUGCCUGCCAAGUGCGUGCCACCGGUAAGAUGUACGCCUGUAAAAAGCUGGAAAAGAAACGAGUGAAGAAGAGAAAAGGUGAAGCAAUGGCACUAAACGAAAAACGCAUUUUAGAAAAAGUUAACAGUAGUUUUGUAGUUAGCCUAGCCUAUGCCUAUGAGACCAAGGAUGCCCUGUGCUUGGUGUUGACCAUUAUGAACGGCGGCGACCUGAAGUUUCACAUCUACAACAUGGGCAACUCUGGAUUUGAUGAACAGCGGGCCAUUUUUUAUGCGGCGGAGAUCUGCUGUGGCCUGGAAGACCUGCACCGUGAGAGGAUCGUCUACAGGGAUUUGAAACCUGAAAACAUCCUUCUGGAUGAUCGUGGUCACAUUCGCAUUUCAGACUUGGGCCUGGCUGUACAGAUCCCGGAUGGGGAGACGAUACGAGGGAGAGUGGGCACUGUUGGAUACAUGGCUCCUGAGGUGAUCCAGAAUGAGAGCUACACCUUCAGCCCAGACUGGUGGGGGCUGGGCUGCCUGAUCUUUGAGAUGAUCCAAGGCCAGUCGCCUUUCCGCAAGCGCAAGGAGCGUGUCAAGCGGGAGGAGGUAGACAGACGAGUGCGCGAGGACCAGGAAGAAUACUCUGACAAGUUCUCCGAGGAGGCAAAGGACAUCUGCAGACAACUGCUGGCCAAGGAUCCCAAAGAGCGGCUUGGAUGUCAGGGGCGUGGGGCAGUGGAGGUUAAGCAGCACCCUAUCUUCCGAAACAUCAACUUCAAACGCCUGGAGGCCAAUAUGCUAGACCCUCCCUUCAGUCCUGAUCCACGAGCAGUGUAUUGUAAAGACGUCCUGGACAUUGAGCAGUUCUCCACUGUCAAAGGCGUGAACCUUGACCCCACCGACGAUGACUUCUACCACAAGUUUGUCACAGGCAGUGUCUCCAUCCCCUGGCAGAAUGAGAUGAUCGAGAUGGAAUGCUUCAAAGAAAUUAAUGUCUACGAAACAGAUGGGACACUGUGCCCGGACCUGGACAUGAACCGGCCAAAUCCCCCACCAAAGAGAGGCUUCUUCUACCGCCUCUUCAGAAGAGAGGCAAGUGCUAGCGCUCCCGCGACUGUCCGAGGGGGUGGGGGCUAAGGUCUGUUUUAAGAGCGGUCAUAGUGACGAUGAGAACGAGGAGCCCUCGCGACUAUAAACCACUCCCCCCUUGUCUCCCACCCAGUGCCACCACCCUCCACAACCAACUCCACCUGAGCGCAGAUCUUAGGAACUCAGUGAAUGUUGACUUGUAUUUAUGAGCUGUAUUAAAAGUGUAUUAUAAUUAAAGAAAAAAAAGUAUGAGUUUAAAGAUUUUGUACAUUUGUACUUGAAUUUAUGUCUAGAUGUAUAUUUUCACUAAGGGUUGUAUUGUACAAAAAGCCAUAAAAGUACCACUUGAAUGCAUACAUAACAUUUUUAUUUUUUAUUUUUUGUCAUUUGGGAUGAGUAUGAAAAAUGUGUAUCAGACUUUUUUAAGAAGCACAGUACCAGUGGUCAUUUUAUUUUCUCAAUGUAGCAGAAGGCCUUCGUUUUAUAAAUGCUGUUUUUGUUUUGUUUUGUCGUAAUUGAUUUGGCCAAUGCGACAUGUUGUUUAGCACAUCGAGUUCACCCAAAUCCAAACCAACCCUAAGUUUGUGCACCUCAGCGCUCUUAAGUAGAUCUCAAAGAAACACAAGAAUUCAAAUGACCGGCGGAGAGAAUGAAACUCUAUCCAAUCCGAGGUCCCCAUGUCCAUGCCAUGGUAGUGAAGCCAGUCCAUUUGCUUUCCAAAUCUUCAGCUGGUCGGUCGGUCGAUUGAGGAACACACAUGGCUGGUUUGCAGCCGUGUUCCAUGAUAAUCCAUACCCCUGUCGUCAGCCCCGUAGGCAGGCAGUGUUGCCCUGUCAUGUUUGCUAUGACUUGUGUUUGAUUUAGGCUGCCGCGUUUGGAAAUUGGCAUCAGCAAACGGUCUCUCUUAGGAUCCUAUAGAUAUCAGGCUUUAACAGGCAUAGCGAGGAUUCAUUUUUGCCAAUCUCCUGGUCAAUACAUACAUCACAUCCAGUAUCGUUAAGAGAACAAAAGCAUUUAAUUCAGUUCAGUGAACCUGUUUCAUAUUACAAGGUGUUACAGUUAGCCCUGCCCACCACAGUGGCGCAGUGGUUAGCGCGGUUGCCCAUAAGCAAGAAGGUCCUGGGUUCGAGCCCCGGGGUAGUCCAACCUUGGGGGUCAUCCCAGGCCGUCCUCUGUGUGGAGUUUGCAUGUUCUCCCCGUGUUUGCAUGGGUUUGCUCCGGGUGCUCCAGUUUCCUCCCACAGUCCAAAGACAUGUCGGUCAGGUGAAUCGGCCAUACUAAAUUGUCACUAGGUGUGAAUGGGUAUGUGUGUGUGUGUGGGUCCUGUGAUGGCCUGGCGGCCUGUCCAGGGUGUCUCCCCACUUGCCGCCCAAUGACUGCUGGGAUAGGCUCCAGCAUCCCCGAGAGCAGGAUAAGCUGUUUGGAUAAUGGACAGUUAGCCCCCUACUAGUUAUUAUUAAGGUGCAAAAAGAUCCAGAUGAUCAAACGAUAUUUGAUGGGAAUACAGUUGCUUAGUAAAUGUCCACUCAGGAGAAACAAAAAAAAGUUGUUAAUUUACUUUGAAAUACAUUUUCGCUGGUCAAAUGCUCUCUUGCUGUCCAUCUUGGCUUUGGAUAGUUUUACCAUAGAUUUACUGUGACAGUAUCUGCAUGUGUAGUGCCAAAAAAAUUUUAGCUCGUAAUGUCAAGUUGUUUGAGAGAGAAACAGACUUGGCUUCGGCUGAGAUGGAGGGAACCGUCAACAUGGAUUGAAAGACAAAAUUUGUCCCAUAGUCGAGACUUAAUGGCUUAAUCUAGACGACGUCCAACCAACUUGCAUUGCCUCAUGCUAGUAGUUUUGGCAUAGAAUCCAAACAGUUUAGUUGGACCCCUCUUACCUUACUGCUGUUUUUUUGUUUUUGUGGUCCUAGUACCCGUUAUCUGCCAAACAACUAAUCCACUACACCAACCGUACCCAGAGGCAUUAGCUGUGUUUGUGCAACAGGGAAAAAAAAGAAGUUACUAGAGAAGAAUUAAUCCCUAACUGUUCCAUUAAAACGUUGCUCUUCUAUAGGAAUGACAGCUGUUUGUAUGUGCACACUAUGGACUAGGGAAUAAGGAGCCAACUCCUGCCCAAUAUAAAAAUAUGUAUUACCUAUGUACAGGAAAAACGUACAUCGUGCAGUUUAUAUCAUGCAGUUUUUAACACACACGGGGAGCUUCUUCCUUCCACGACAACCAAAUACGGUCAAGUUAGUUUUCUGUAUGUUUUAUAAACAUGGAUUGUAUUGGUUUUCCUUAUGAUCAGCCUGUGUGUGUCAUAAUCUGCAAUUCGGGAAGAUUUUUUUUUUCUUCAUAAUUUUCUUUGGAAUCUUCCUUUUGAGACAAAAAUCAUUCGUUUGUUUUUAAUGCUGUGAAUAUCUGAUCUGUAUAUGUAUGUUAGGCUUUAUCCAUAUACAGCUUUUACAAUUCUUAAUGUAGUGAAGAUAAUAUGAUGUACGCUUGUACAAUAUCCAACUCAAAACGCCCCCCCCCUUGCAAUGUUGUUGGGAUUCGAUUUCAUAAAUAAAAAUGUCGAUAAUGUCAAAAUUCUGCAGAUUUUUCAGCCUUGUUAAACACAUAGCUGCAAACGGCUGCUGACCACCUGUGAUCGAUCAUUAGGUAGCUGUUAGGACAGCGGCCGGUGAACACACUCACAUGACUGGUCCAUCAGCAUAUCCCCAAAGCCCCUACAUUGACUUCAGGAUGUGGUUUGGUGUGUUUUGAAAACCUUUUCUUCCCUGCAGCACAUUCCAUUAUCAGAUCAGGAAGGUCAUGUGCAUCUCACUCAUGUUGUAUGCUUGUUGUCAAUUGAAUUUCUGAGUGUUAUUAUUUUUUGGAUUUUUUUUUUUGCUCUCAGGCACAUGUUAAAGCCAAUUUCUCUUGCAGAGUUAGAUUUUAGCCUUUUCUCUCUUCGCCUCAAAAACCUUGUAAAUGAUGUAUUUCUAUUAUGUAACAAUGCUCUGUAACACACAUUUGCCAUCCAUAUAGCAGUAAAGAAAUGUUUAGUUUCAUUGCACUAUGGUGUUCUGACAAUGACUAUAGAAAGUGUCUUUAAACGUUUGCCAAUGAUACCAAAAGCAUCAUGAAAUACGGAGGAAAAAAAUUGUAUUAAUAUCUGAAGAAGUUACUGGUGAAAGACUGACAAGCCUUUACUGUAUGUGCCAAUUAUCAGCUUUUAUGUUCCGACAUCCCUUCUUUUUCAACCUCUUUAUCCUUUUAUCGGUCUGAGAUGAAUAGUUCACUUUAAAGGAACUCUCAGCAGCUCCAGAGUUUUGAAUGUCUGCACUAAGUGCAUUGUAUUUGCCUGUUUAAAAAAAAAAGGAAUACAUAUGUUUUAUUACUCAAGCAUGUAACAGUUUGUAAUACUGAAGGUUUCUUGAAUAUGUAAUUGACAACCUUCUAGUGCCAACAUAUCACACUGGUAUCAGAGGACAACUUUUUAAAUAGCAAGGAGACCAGCUCAGCUUGCCUUGUUUGAAUAUAGUGAUGGUGUUCCUCCUCCCUGGCCUUGGUUUUAAGGUAGUGAUGGUGCACCGCCUCUCUGACAUCGUCGUUCCUGUCACGGGAGAGGUUUAGCAGAGAGAUCCUUUAUUCUUUGGUUUGUAUGUCAACUUUCAAGAUAGCUCCCAGUAUAUAUUCCAGUAUACCUGAAGUGUUUCCUUUCCAUCUGUGCAGACAGAGUCAGCUCAGCUGGCUUUUCGAGGAACGGGGGGGGGGGGGGAUGACUGACGCACCCUUGAUAUUCAAACAGGGUUUUUGACUUCUUUAUUUUUUUAAUUUUAUUUUAUUUUUUUUGUAUUUGUACAGUCAUGUCGUUCAACCACUGCAGUCAUUGUAAUUCUUGUACAAGUUGUAUCACUGGUUGUUGUACCAUAUCUGACAUUUGUAAUUAUGAAAUAAUACACUGCCGUUUGUAUAAAA